AUGGCCACUUCGGAAAUUAUCGAAGAAUGGGAUGAGUUUCAGGGUGGUUAUUUCAUAGAUCAUCUCGACGGUCGACGGUUCGUUGGAAUGAACCUAACGGCCAAUACUACUACAUUCGCUUACCUUCUCUACAUUCUAACAGCAGUACUAAGUUUGGUAGCAAAAUGUUCGAAGACAAAUGGGGCUAAUGCAGCACCGGCUGCUUCGGAUUCCACGACACGGGAGAGCAGCAGUGCAUCCAGGAAGCGACACCAUGCUCACAAGAAGGGGAAUCAGAAGAGCUCCAGAGCUGUGGAAUCAAACGAGUUAAAAGGUACUCCUAAAAAGAAAGCAGAAACUCCUGUUGAAGAAAAGGAGGAACCUCCAGUAAAAAGUCCGAUGAAGGCAACUCCCGUCAAAGCAAAGCAAGCCGAGAAGGUGGAGGCUGCGAGAAAAGAUGAAGCGAAGAGCGUUGCCAGACCUCUUGGAAAGGAAGGCGGUGACGGUGCGAUGACCGCUGCUGACGCUGCCACUGAUUUCAUCGAUGCCCCAGCAAACAAGCCUGUCUCCAUGAUUUUGAAUGAACCUGCACCAGGAAGUGAUCCUGGCGACGGUAACUAUGAGGACGUGAACUUGGUCGAAGCUGCGGCACCAGAGGCUGAGGCAAAGAGUCUACUUACAGUGGAACCAGCGAAGUCGACGUUCUCAGCAGCAGGUGGAAAGGCUACUCACACACUUCUGAAUGCCGGCGAUACCCGGGUGGUAUUCAAAGUGAAAUGCUCAAACAAUAAGGACUACCGUAUCAAGCCAGUGUAUGGCUUCGUCGAGCCGAUAGGCAGUCAUCUGGUCUUCGUUGUUCGCCUGGCAGGACCAGUCAAGGAUGACAAAAUGGUGAUACAAUUUGGCUUAUCACCGCCGGAUAUAUCUGUUCCUGUAGUCGCCUUCAAGAAGCUGCCACCCAAUAGUCUACAACAACUUACAAUACCAUUCACUGUGGUCCCUGGAGCAGCUGGUGCGACUGCGCCUGCACCUGGGGCUCCUGCUUCGCCAACGACUCCAUCACCUUCUCCAUCACCUUCGCCCAACUCGAAGCCCACUCCCCCCAAACCUCCGGCUGCGGAUCGAAUGCGAGAAAACCUCUACUAUACUUGUUUGGAACACUGCAGAAGUGCACUUAGCUUCUUCAAAAUUUGUUGA